GACUGUAUUGUAAAAAAUCAAAUCUCCUUUUGAAUGUGUGAACACAGUUUUUUUACGUUGAUAAAAAUUUCCAAAAUAAUGCAAUUAUCUCAUUUAAAAGCUCAAUUUCAUUUCCAAUGAUUAUUAUUUCGAAUCUGAUUCAUCGGAAAAUUACAUUCCAUGUAUUUGGUAGCCCUUGUGUUUAUUCCAUUCUAUUCUCACGUUUGCGUUGUUGUUGGUUCGUUGCAUCGUUUUGUUGCUAGUUGGUUUCUGUUUUCUUUUUUGAAAUGUGAUUCAAAAUUUAAAGUUAUUGGUGAUAAAAAGAGUUUCAAGAAAUAGUUUCACCUAAUAUGGAAGCCAAGGCAAAACAGGUCCACUGUUUUUGUGGUAAAAACUAUCACAAAAAAUACCCAUUCAUGAUACAAUGCGAUGCCUGCAAGGAUUGGUUCCAUGGCAGGUGUGUGAACGUGUUAGAAAUAGCAGCUCGUGAUUAUGAGAUAUACCAUUGUCCACAGUGUGUCCCAAACCAUGGACCAACCAUAAUGAAAAUUGUGUUCAAUCGGCAUAGGCACGACUUUUAUGAUAAGGAUGGCCACGAUAAGCCUUUGGAAACUGGAUCUCCUCUUUUCAUAGAAGAGCUCAAGAAACGAAGGCAUUUUAAGAGUAGUGAGGGCCUUAUGGUGAAAAUGAAAGGGAAGGAUUUAACAGUGGAGUAUUUACUGGAGAACGGAUUUGAUCGACCGAUAUUAAUUGAGAAAAAGAAAGGACUUGGUAUAACCUUGCCUCCACCCACACUAACACUUCGCGAUAUUGAGGAGGCUGUCGGAUCGGAUCGUUCAGUGAACGUGAUAGAUGUAUACACGCAGUCGACUUCAUCGAUGAGGUUUGGAGACUUUGUCAACUACUUUCUUAGUCCAGACCGACACCGUAUACUCAAUCUUGUAUGCCUCGAAAUUUCGGAUUCAAGCUUGACAAACUUUGUAGAACCACCUGUCUUAGCCAGAAGCAUGGAUUGGGCAAAUACUCUGUGGCCUGAGACUUAUGACUUGAAAGAUAAAGAUUACUGUAGUGAGAAGGCAACCGUUCAGAAGUAUUGUCUAAUUAGUGCAAAAGACUCAUACUCGGAUUUUCACAUUGACUUCGGUGGAACUUCGGUUUGGUAUCACAUAAUAAAGGGUACGAAAACGUUUUAUCUGAUUGAGCCGACACCGGCUAAUCUGGCUUUAUUUGAACGAUGGAUGACUUCCAGUAACCAGUUCGAGAUGUUUUUUGGUGAUCAAGUGGACGAUUGCUACGAAUGUACAAUUCGAGCUGGUGACACAGUUCUGAUACCGAGUGGCUGGAUUCAUGCCGUUCUUACGCCCGAGGACUCUCUUGUAUUUGGUGGCAACUUCCUUCACAGCUUGAGCAUUCCAAUGCAACUCCAGGUUUAUGACAUUGAGAGAAAAGUGAAGACACCUGAGAAGUUGAGAUUUCCUGGCUUUGAAACUAUGAACUGGUUUGCUGCGAAGGGAAUCCUCAAAGAACUGCAAGAACUCAACAGGAACUCGUCACAAGUUCCGGCCUACCUGUUAAAUGGCACAAAAGCGCUUCUCUCAGCUUUAAAACAAUGGCAAACGGAUAAGAAGGUCAAUAGAAACAAACGCGAGCAUAUUCCGUUGCUAGUUGAAGCACCAGUCCUGUUGAAGGAAUUGAGUAAAGAGAUCAGAACUGCAGAAAGGUUUCUUACCGCAUUGAAUCCACCAAAACCUGAAAGAGAGUCCAAACGCAAGCGGAGGAAGCCUCUCAAUAAAGAUUUUGUGGAUUACUCGCAUCCACUGUCCGUCAAACAAGAAGAAGAGACGACAAAACCUGAAAUGAAACUUAUUCCCGAAGUCGCUCUCGAGGUGAAGAGCGAUGUAAAAGAUCCGCUGAAACUGAGCAUCAAAGUUCUGAACAAAAAAGUGAAUCAAGAAGAGAACAACUUUCCCCCAGUGCAGCCGCUGAUUAGACCUCCCCUGAAACUAACGUUACCAAAGACCUCCACUUACCCAUAUACAUAUUCAACGCCACUCGAACAGUUGCCAAUCAAAACCGAAGCGGACAAUUUUGUUGUUGGUGAACAACAAGAAAUGAAAAUGAAGAUAGAAAAACUGAAACUACCUCUCAGAUCAUGGGAUAGUGGCAUGAACGAGAAAAGUUGCAAUGCAAACAGGUCUGUUUACGAUUUUCACGACGACAGUGAUGAUACCAAAGAGGAAGAAGACUGCUUACAUAUAGAUGAGUCAAAAGGUCGUAGAAAGACUCCCUCGUUCAGGAGCAACAAAUACCAACACAGUUCGCAAUUGAUGACCAGCUACCGAGACAGUUCUGAGGUGGACGUGACUGACUCGCCCAAAAAUGGCAUUGAGGAACUUCUCAAGGCGUCCUGUUAUGCCAAUCCAAAUCUCCAAACUCAGACGGGAAGAAGGUCACCAUCGACGACUGAAGCGAUCGCUGGGAUGUUGUCCAUCGCCGGACAGGGUCCCUCAUUCCCGGCAUCUGAUCGGUCCACGCUCAGGCGAAAAGCACGCGAUAAAGCUAUCAUAGACGAAGAAAUCUACGAAACAAUCCGUCAAGUUCAUCAAGACGAUGAUUUCAUUUACCCAUCACUGGACUCGUCCGACGACGAAGACGAAUUGCCGACCUCAUCAAAGGGCAAAGUGGGCGACAAAGCGUGGAACCCACGUGCCAAAAUGGGAACGAUCACGCCGAAGCUGGACAGACCCGCCAGGGAGGGCGUGAAGCGACAGGCGGUCGAAAAGGGACUCGAAGCAGCUGCGGCUAAGCGUGCAAACACUACUACCGCAACUGCAAGCUCAGCCUCCACUGCCAAGUCAACCAUUUCUCGUAAACGAUCAGCUAGCAGUCGUAAUCGCAAUCGAUCGAGGAAGAAAGCAGCCACCGCGGCUGCAGUGUUCGCGGUGGGUGCAUCAACCUCAACAGCUUCCACAUCUACUGAUUCAGCUGUUGCAUCGACAGCUGCUACUGCCGGACCUUCUGGUUUGCAGUCGUCUCUCUCCAGAGGCAAAAAGGCGAAAAAAGGCAUGGCAACCGCCAAACAGAGAUUGGGCAAAAUCCUCAAACUCCACAAAAUAAUUCAUUAACUUUGUGGGCUUUAUCUAGAAACGGCUGUGUUUUUGUGAAACGGCAUUUUUUUUAAUUACUGUCUUUUCGAUUUUCUAUGAAAAUUGAAAAUUCCUCUGUUAGUUAAUGAUUGUUAAUUGAAUACUUGAGUAAGUUUUUCAAAUGAAUUAGCUUAUAAGACUUACGAUACCUGAAACCCAAGAUGAACUUGGGUGAACUUUUAUUUCGUUGAGAGAAAUGCUCAGGAAUGCAUUAUAUUUUCAUCGGCAUCAAUACUAAUUUGCCUCACUCUUCACUUCAUUUAAAUAUAUAUAUAUAUAUAUAUAUAUAUAUAUAUAUAUAUAUAUAUAUAUAUAUAUAUAUAUAUAUCUUCAUAUAUAUGCAUAUAUAUGCAUAUAUAUGUCCAAGAUUGGUGUUCUCUCUAAUAUAAUAUAUCUUUACCAAAAGUAUUAAUAUCAAAAGGAAAUAAUUUGUAUUUUAUUGUACUGUAUGAUAUAAGUAAUCAUAAAAUUAACAAUUUCAUUUGUGUAGAUAUUGUUAACUUAGAAGAUUUAUUACAAGUUCUCAUUUCCCAUUGAUUUCGUUGAUUUUUUUUUUCAUUUCACUGGCUCAUUCCAUUGGUUCGAACUUUUUAAAGCGAUUAUCUUCGACUUUAUUAUUCUAUUCAAUAUUUAUUCAUUAUGUCCAGGUUCUGUCAAGCCAAGAUGGCGCCAAUAUACGUUUAAAUUUAUUUAUAUUUCUAACCUGAUUAACUUAAUUCUUACUAAAUACAAAAAAAAACUGAUCAUAAGUUGAAUUUAUCCUUUGUCUUGUUGAAAACCGCCUGUAGAUUAAUAAUAAUUUAUUUAUGUAUUAUCAUUUAUCAAAUUUGAGACUUUCCUCAUAAAAUACUUACUCAAAAAAAGAUAAUUCUU